GGGAGGGAGGGUGAGGUGGGGGGCUGAACCCGGAAGUGGGUAGGCGCUGGAGCGAGCGCGCCGAGAGUGGAGCUCAGCGGCUGGGAGCCAGCGGGGGAGCCCUGGGUUCCCGACCAUGAAAUCCUCGGGCACGCCCCUCCAGAAGCUGUUAACCUAGACAAUCUAGUUUUUUGUUUUUUUGUUUUUUUUUUUUAAAUAAAUCCUUUAAGACACUUAUGAAGUUUCUUGUUCUGAAAUUGUUGUACUGCAAUGAAGAAAAGGAGAAAGGUUACUUCAAAUCUUGACGAGAAGAUCCAUCUAGGCUAUCGCAAAGAUUCUUCAGAAGGCAAUGUUGCAGUGGAGUGUGACGAAGUAACCUAUACUCAUUCCACAGAGAGACCAACUCCUGAAGCUCUUCACUGUUACCAGGAACUUCCUCCCUCUCCAGAUCAGAGAAAACUUUUGAGUUCUUUGCAGUAUAACAAGAAUUUGCUGAAGUACUUAAAUGAUGACAGGCAGAAGCAACCAUCUUUCUGUGACUUACUUAUCAUAGUAGAAGGAAAGGAAUUCAGUGCCCAUAAAGUUGUUGUUGCUGUUGGCAGUAGCUAUUUCCAUGCCUGUUUGAGCAAAAAUCCAAGCACUGAUGUUGUCACCCUGGAUCACGUAACACACUCAGUUUUUCAGCAUUUGCUUGAAUUUCUUUACACAUCAGAAUUUUUUGUGUACAAAUAUGAAAUACCCCUUGUUUUAGAGGCAGCAAAAUUUCUGGACAUUAUAGAUGCAGUUAAGUUGCUAAAUAAUGAAAAUGUUGCCACUUUUCAGUCUGAGCUGGCUGAAAAGUCAUCACCAGAAGAAACACUCAGUGAAUUAGCUGGAAGACUAUCAAAUAAUCAUCAGUGUAAAUUCUGUAGUAGACAUUUUUGUUAUAAAAAGUCUUUAGAGAAUCAUUUAGCUAAAACUCAUAGGUCCCUUUUAUUAGGGAAAAAACAUGGGUUAAAAAUGCUGGAGAGGAGUUUUUCCACAAGAAGAUCUAAAAGGAAUCGCAAGUGUCCUAUUAAGUUUGAUGACACCAGUGAUGAUGAACAAGAAAGUGGUGAUGGGUCAGACAAUUUGAAUCAAGAAAAUUUUGAUAAGGAAAAGUCAGACAGAAAUGAUUCUGAGGACCCUGGAAGUGAAUAUAAUGCUGAAGAAGAUGAACUAGAGGAGGAAAUGUCAGAUGAAUACUCUGACAUUGAAGAACAAAGUGAAAAAGAGCAUAAUGAUGCAGAAGAAGAACCUGAAGCUGGUGAUUCUGUAGGAAAUAUUCAUGAGGGGUUAACUCCUGUAGUCAUUCAGAACAGUAACAAAAAGAUAUUGCAAUGUCCUAAAUGUGAUAAAACAUUUGACCGCAUAGGGAAAUAUGAGAGCCACACACGUGUUCACACAGGUGAGAAGCCCUUUGAGUGUGAUAUUUGUCACCAGCGCUAUUCGACAAAGUCUAACCUAACUGUUCACAGAAAGAAGCACAGUAAUGAAACAGAAUUUCAUAAGAAGGAGCACAAGUGCCCUUACUGUAAUAAACUUCAUGCAAGCAAGAAGACUUUAGCCAAGCAUGUUAAGAGAUUUCAUCCUGAAAAUGCUCAAGAAUUUAUUUCCAUUAAGAAGACCAAGAGUGAAAGUUGGAAAUGUGAUAUUUGUAAGAAAUCUUUUACUCGAAGACCACACUUGGAGGAACAUAUGAUUCUACAUUCUCAAGAUAAGCCUUUUAAGUGUACCUAUUGCGAAGAACAUUUCAAAUCACGAUUUGCAAGGUUAAAGCAUCAAGAAAAGUUCCAUCUGGGUCCUUUUCCAUGUGAUAUAUGUGGUCGCCAGUUUAAUGACACUGGAAAUUUGAAACGCCAUAUAGAAUGUACCCACGGUGGAAAGAGAAAAUGGACUUGCUUUAUCUGUGGAAAAUCAGUACGAGAAAGGACUACUUUGAAAGAACAUUUGAGAAUCCACAGUGGAGAAAAACCUCAUCUUUGUAGUAUCUGUGGGCAAAGUUUCCGUCACGGAAGUUCAUACAGACUUCACUUACGAGUACAUCACGAUGAUAAAAGAUACGAAUGUGAUGAAUGUGGGAAAACAUUUAUUCGUCAUGACCAUCUUACAAAGCACAAAAAAAUACAUUCAGAUACAAAGCAACCUUUCAUCAAUGCGAUGUUUGUAAGAAAAUUUUUAAAGGCAAAUCAAGUCUGGAAAUGCAUUUUCGGACGCAUUCAGUACCCUUGGGAUUGCUGCAGUAUCUGUUCAAACAUUCAGUAUCCCAGCCUCUGGUUUUUAGCUAUCUCAUCCGGCAAAUGGUCAUCUUGGGAGUUGGAAAAUACAGGUGAAAAACCAUACAAGUGUCAAAUUUGCAAUCAAUCUUUCAGAAUUAAGAAAACUUUAACAAAACACUUGGUUAUUCAUUCUGAUGCCCGGCCUUUCAACUGUCAGCACUGUAAUGCAACAUUUAAGCGGAAAGACAAGCUGAAAUACCACAUUGACCAUGUUCAUGGCAUAAAAUCUGACGAUCCUCUCAAUACUUCUGAGGAAAAACUUGUAUCUUUGCCAGUAGAAUACUCAUCUGAUGAUAAAAUCUUUCAAACAGAAACAAAACAAUAUAUGGACCAGCCCAAAGUUUAUCAGUCAGAAGCCAAGACUAUGUUACAGAAUGUGUCUGCUGAAGUGUGUGUUCCAGUAACACUGGUUCCAGUUCAGAUGCCUGACACUCAGAGUGAUCUGGUGCGUCAUACAACCACACUCCCAUCUUCUUCUCAUGAGAUCUUAUCGCCACAGCCACAAGCAACUGAUUAUCCCCGAGCAGCUGAUUUAGCUUUUCUGGAAAAGUAUACUCUCACUCCUCAACCUGCAAAUAUAGUUCAUCCAGUACGACCUGAACAAAUGCUAGAUCCUAGAGAACAGUCUUAUCUUGGAACAUUGCUAGGCCUUGAUAAUGCUACUGCUGUACAAAGUAUUUCUAAUAAUGAGCAUCAUUCAUGAGUAAAUCUAAACAUUCCACAGACUUUUUUGAUGGUUUUGUGCUAAUGGUAGCCUAGACUGAUGGCUUUUAAGUUAGUAAGGCUGCUAUUUUUCAUUUUCUCUAGUUUCUCCAGUCCUCAGAACCAUUUCAAAUCAAGAAAAAUAUAUGUAUCUCUGUUUACUGAACAUAAUAUUGGGACACAUUUUGAGGUAUAAUAUUUGAAAUGAACAUUUUUAUGAUUUUUAAAGAUAACUUAGUGCUAACUUUUAAUGGUUUCUCAAACUUUUCAAAAUUAUUAGCUGUUGACUUUGUGGUUUUGUUUUUGGGUUUGUUCUUAAUUAUCCAUGGAAAUUUUCAUUCUUUAGUUUUAGUCUGUUUUUCUCCCUUGACCAUCUUCUAAACAAGAUUAAGGACUGACCAUGUAGCCUUUAAGAAAGAAUAUAAGAGUACACUGAUAAUUGCAACUCUUCCUUAUUAAGAUUCAUUAUUAUUUCUUCCACAUUUUAAAAAGCUGAAAUUAGGAAUUUAAAUUUAUAGGGAACUCUUGGCUAUUUCCGUGGUUUUUUUUUUUUUUAAAUGUGGCCCUAAUUUCAGGUUAUUAUUAAUCCUUUGGUCUUUUCACAAAGUCAAAGCGAGGAAGCUAACUUAAUGUAACAAUAGUUUGUCAAAUGAAACCUAGAAAUGAAAUAAUUAUCCAAAUAAUUGGUUUUUGCCUAUGCUUCAGUUAUUAUGAAUAAGAAAUGCAAAUUUUUAAUGUAUAGGCAUUAAAUUAUACAAGUUGAAAAUGUAUUAAAGGCAAAUUAUUACAGUUUUAACUAGAUAGCUUUAAAGGUAAGUUCAUCUUUUAAAUUUUAUCAUUUAAGAAACAUCAGCAAUACAUCAUAGCAUGUAUCUUCAUCUCACUAAAGGAGGGGCAAUUAUAACUAAUCAAUGAAAUUUAAUUAACAAGCUACUUUUGGUCUCAUUUACUUUAGCUAAUAAAAUUGUGGGAAAUAGAACCUAGAUAUUUCAUAUAUAAUCAUAAGGGAAGGUGCCAAAGUAUAAAAUUCAUGUCUAACUAAACUUAAUGUUUACUUUAAUUAAAGGGAACCACUACUUGUAUACAGAUUUACAUGUAAUCUAGACUUUUGUCUUGCUUUUCACAUAAGCCCAAUAUCUGUAAUUAUCCUUGAUUUUUUAUUUUUGUAGGAGAUAAAAGUUGAGGACUUGGUGAAAAGAAAUAGCAGUUAGAGCAAAAACCACACUGAUAAAAAUUAGUCGAGGAAAAAAGUCAGUUAAAAUUAUAAAAUACCUUUAAAGAUGUGCACUUUCCAUGUUUUCAAGUCAAUUUAAACUUAAACUAGGAUAAUGUUUCCUAGUAGAGCUGCUUGAAGGAUUAGAAUAGGCAGGGUUGAUUUAUUAUUAGCAUGUCAUUUGUAUGUAAACUACUGGAAAAGAGCAAUUUUAAGAGUUUUCUAGUUCAGUUUUGUUUACACUCCUAAUUGCUUUAAGCACUUUUUUUUGUGUAAACUGUAAAGUCUGGCCUAGCCCUUGUGAAAAAAAUCACAAAUAAAAUAAUGAAGUUUUAAUGAAUAAAAUUUAACCACUUAAUAAUGGGGAAACUUGUUUGCUGAAGCACUUAAGAAAUGAAGGUACUUGACAG